CUGUAAAGGCAGCGGCUCCCAGUCUCACAGGCGGCGGCAGCAGCUCCCUCCUAUUGCUUCUCUGCUUCUUCUCAUUUGUCCCUAAUUACUGUCUCCCAUGUGUUCUGUGAGUGGGGAGCAGCACCCUGGACUUUGUGCCCCUGUCUUGUCUGGGGUCGGUGGAUAGUGGGGUCGGCGGGACGGACAAGUGAUCCAGCAGGACAGACACAUCCUCUGAGCCUUUCAUGUCAUUGGCUUCGCUCGGACGAGAUGUCGGUUGCGACUGGAAUUCUGCUGUUGGGCUUCACCUGUUCCCUGCUGAUCCCCCCCGGGUUGUCCUGUGGACCUGGCAGAGGAAUUGGCAAGAGGAGACACCCCAAGAAACUCACCCCUCUCGUCUACAAACAGUUUAUCCCCAACGUGGCGGAGAAGACCCUGGGGGCCAGCGGCAGAUACGAAGGAAAGAUCGCGAGCAACUCGGAUCGCUUUAAAGAAUUGACCCCCAAUUAUAACCCAGAUAUUGUAUUUAAAGACGAGGAGAACACGGGGGCGGACCGGCUCAUGACUCAGAGAUGUAAAGACAAACUGAACGCACUCGCAAUCUCCGUGAUGAACCAGUGGCCGGGGGUGAAGCUGCGGGUGACGGAGGGGUGGGAUGAGGACGGGCACCACUUGGAGGAGUCGUUACAUUAUGAGGGGAGGGCAGUGGACAUCACCACGUCGGACCGGGACCGCAGUAAAUACGGAAUGUUGGCCCGACUGGCGGUGGAGGCCGGGUUCGACUGGGUCUAUUACGAGUCCAAAGCUCAUAUUCACUGUUCGGUCAAAGCAGAGAACUCAGUGGCGGCCAAGUCUGGUGGUUGUUUCCCUGCUGGUGCCGAGGUGAUGGUGGAACUUGGUGGCACCAAAGCGGUGAAAGACCUGCGCCCGGGGGACCGCGUCCUUUCAUCUGACGCGCAAGGGAACCUGCUCUACAGCGACUUCCUCCUGUUCAUUGACCAGCAGCAUGACGUCAAGAAGCUCUUUUACGUCAUCGAAACGUCUCAUCCUCGGAGAAGAAUCAGGUUGACGGCGGCCCACCUGCUUUUUGUGGCUCAGGUCAACGGCAGCAGGUCUUUCAAGUCUGUGUUUGCCAGCAGCAUCCAACCUGGAGACAUCAUUUAUUCAGCAGAUCCCAGGGCCAUGGCCUUAAACGAGGUGAAGGUGGAGAAGGUUGGCCUUGAGGAGGACACUGGAGCUUAUGCUCCUCUAACUGCCCAUGGGACUCUGGUUAUAGACCAGGUGCUGUCCUCCUGCUAUGCACUCAUUGAGGAACAUACCUGGGCCCACCUGGCAUUCGCCCCACUCAGGUUUGGCUUGAGCCUCUCCCCUUAUCUCUUCCCCAAAGACUCCAGUCCUUCACCUCAAUCUCACCACCAACUUGACUCCAGUCCUUCACCUCAAUCUCACCACCAACCUGAAGGAAUCCACUGGUACUCCCAGCUCCUUUAUCAACUAGGGACUUGGCUUCUGGACAGCAACUCCCUGCACCCCUUGGGAAUGGCAACGAAAUCCAGUUGAAAAAUUCCACUUCAUUGACAAUAAAGACUUUAUUUUAUUAUUUCACUAGAACUUGUCUAAAGUAGACACUUAAAGGGAAAGAGCCCAGAUUUUUUUCCUUUCCUGGUUCUGUUUAUUUUAUUUCUCUCCCCCUUCCUUUUUUUUUUAAUAUUAUUUUCGGAAUUUUUUUUCGAUUUCCUACUGAAUAUUUAUUUGAAUAGAUGUUUAAAAUGGACAUUGGAGAAGCCUUAAAUAGUUUGCUAAUUUAUUAUCACUUAUACUUUGGGAGGGGGUUGUCUUGGUGAGCCCCUCCCCCUCCCAAAAAAACAUUCAGCAGAGUCUAUUUUUCUACAUGUCACUUAUGUUCUAACUUUCACAAAAAAUGUUUAAAAAACACAUUUAUCAUGAAUUUCUCCCCCACCCCUUUCAUCUCCAGACAAGACCUUCCAAGGAGGUGCCCCCCCAGCUAUUAAGUUCUCCCCCCAUUUUUAGUGUUAACCUAUAUGUAAAACGACUUGUCUGGGCGAGGUUCAAUAAAUUAUAUUUUUAUACCGAGAAUUGUAAAUUAGAUUUUUGCAGAAAACAGAAUGACAUUUCGUUUUCCAAAAUAGUUGUACAUUACGAGAAUAUAUUAUUUUUAAUUUAAAGACAGUUUCACA